AACUGAAAAUUCAAAUUUCUUGCAGAAACCUUAAAGCAACAAACAAAACAAAAGCAGGAGUAGCAGCAGCAAGAGAAGCAGAAGCAAAAAUAACUGCAGUAGCAGCAUUAUCGACGCCGCAAGUUUGGUUUCGAAGUUUUUGUUUUUGGAUAACGAAGAAACCGGGCCGGGAAGGUUUUCGCGCUCUAUUUUGGACAAUGCGAGGUCAAAUUUGAGGUUUGAUAGAGAAUCGAGGGGCAAAUUUGCUUUUUUUUGGCUUAAAAUAAGGGUUUUGAGAUCCAUCAUUGAUGAUCCGCUCUUUCACAGGCUAUCACUAAUGAAUUUUUUUUGCAUGCGAAGACAAUUUUAGAGAUGGGUUUUCUAGCUCAGUUCUCAUAGGCACAGCGUAUGGAAAGAGAAGAAUAUUGAUUUGAGUGGCAAAAUCGAUUUUUUUUUUUUGUGUGUUUAUGGUUGGGGUAUUUUGAGCUCUGUUUUCUUCAAGGGGCCCUAAUCAAAAGAGAGAACUGGUGAUUGACUGGCAAGUUUGUAAUAUUUUGAUCUGAAUAAGGGUUAUGGAGCUCUAAAUCAAGUAAUAUUUCAAUCUGUAUUAUAGAAGUGCAGCCAUGAUGUUAUCGGAAACGCCAUCAAUGGUGGUUCGUAGUUCGUUGGAGGAGAUGUUGGAAUCAUUGCGCAGACGGGAUGAGGCUGAGAAGCCCAAGGACCUGCCUCCAGCCUUGCCUGCUCGGCCCACUUCGAGGGCUAGGCUUCCUUCGGGUAGGAAAUCGCUGCCCACUGGCUUCAAAAUUGAAGAAGAGAAAGGUGGGGAAUGUUGCAUGGAAAGUGAUUUAAAAAAGAGUGAGUCUGAUGGAAAGGAAGAGGUGAAGAGGAAAGAGAAGGAUUUCAUGGUGAAGAAGAAUAGCUUUGGGAGCAGGAAAAUGAAGAAAGAACAACAGAAUAUGGAUUCACCAUAUGAUGGUGGGGUGGUGGUGGAGGAAGAGAAGAAAAAUGAUGUUUUUGAAGUGAACGCUUUGAAGCUAGGCAGGAAUGGGGAACUAGAGUGGGAUGAUAAUAUUGAGUAUUUUAUCAAGAAGAAACUACGUGUUUGGUGUUCUCUCAUUAAUGGGAAGUGGGAGUCUGGAAAGAUAGAAUCUACUUCAGGGGAUGAAUCAUUUGUUUCACUUUCCAAUGGAAAUGUUGUCAAAGUGUCAACUGUGGAGCUCUUACCUGCAAACCCAGAUAUACUUGAUGGGGUGGAUGAUCUUAGACAACUUAGUUAUUUGAAUGAACCAUCAGUUCUUCAUAAUAUACGGUAUAGAUUUUCUCAGGAUAAGAUUUAUAGUAAAGCAGGACCAAUUUUGGUUGCUGUCAAUCCUUUUAAAGAUGUCGAAAUUAAUGGAAAUAAGGUUCUCAUGGCUUAUAGGCAGAAAGUUAUGGACAGUCCUCAUGUUUAUGCUAUAGCAGACAAUGCUUAUAAUGAGAUGAUGGGAGAUGGGGUAAAUCAAUCUAUAAUUAUAAGUGGGGAAAGUGGAGCUGGGAAAACUGAGACAGCAAAAUUUGCAAUGCAAUACUUGGCUGCUCUAGGUGGAGGCAGUGAUGGGAUAAAGCAUGAAGUCCUUAAAACAAAUUUUAUACUUGAAGCAUUUGGGAAUGCAAAAACAUCCAGAAAUGACAACUCUAGCCGAUUUGGAAAAUUGUUUGAGAUUCACUUUAGCAACUCAGGGAAGAUAUGUGGUGCUAAGAUCCAGACUUUUCUGCUGGAGAAGUCAAGAGUAGUGCAGUUUGCUGCUGGUGAAAGGUCCUAUCAUAUAUUUUAUCAACUUUGUGCUGGUGCUCCAUUGCUUAUGAAAGAGAGACUGAACCUUAAAAUGGCUUGUGAUUACAAUUACCUUAAUCAGAGUGAAUGUUUGGCGAUUGAUGGUGUUGAUGAUGCCAAAAAUUUUCAUAAUCUCAUGGAAGCCUUAGAUAUGGUUCAAAUUUGUAAAGAAGAUAAAGAGAAUGUGUUUGCUAUACUUGCUGCGGUGUUAUGGUUGGGAAACAUAUCAUUUCAUGUAAUCGACAAUGAAAAUCACGUGGAGGUGUUGGCUGAUGAAGCUGUAACUUCUGCUGCUAGGCUGAUGGGUUGCAGUGCUGAGGCACUGAUGCUAGCUUUGUCCACCCAUAAAAUUCAAGCUGGCAAGGAUAGGGUUGCUAAAAAGUUGACAUUGCAGCAGGCGAUUGAUAGCCGGGAUGCAUUGGCAAAAUUCAUAUAUGGAAGCUUGUUUGACUGGCUUAUAGAACAAAUUAACAAGUCACUUGAAUUGGGCAGUUGGCAGACGGGGAGAUCCAUUGCUAUCCUUGAUAUUUAUGGGUUUGAAUCUUUUAAGAAGAAUAGCUUUGAACAGUUUUGUAUUAAUUAUGCAAAUGAGAGGCUGCAACAGCAUUUUAUAAGGCAUCUGUUUAAACUUGAUCAAGAGGAAUAUGAAUUAGAUGGCAUUGAUUGGACCAAAGUUGAAUUUGAAGACAAUGAAGAGUGUUUGAAUCUAAUUGAGAAGAAACCAUUAGGGGUACUAUCUUUACUAGAUGAGGAAUCAAAUUUCCCAAAAGCCACUGAUUUGACAUUUGCAAAUAAGCUUAAACAACACUUGAAUUUAAAUCCUUGCUUUAAAGGAGACAGAGGCGGAGCUUUUGGCAUUCGGCAUUAUGCUGGAGAGGUUGUGUACAACACAGAUGGCUUUCUGGAAAAGAAUCGAGAUCCUUUGCACUCUGACCUCGUCCAGCUUCUGUCAUCAUGUUCUUGCCAACUCUUAAAGUUGUUUUCCUCCAAAAUGCCCAACCAAUCCCAUAAAUCAGCUCAAUUUUUUUCGUUGGACACUAAAAAGCAAACUGUUGGUACAAAGUUCAAGGGUCAACUAUUCAAACUAGUGCAGCAUUUGGAGAACACAAAACCUCACUUUAUUCGCUGCAUAAAGCCAAAUGGUAAGCGGCUUCCUGGUAUAUAUGAUGAGGAUCUUAUUUUACAACAGCUCAGGUGUUGUGGAAUUUUGGAGGUGGUUAGAAUCUCAAGAUCAGGAUAUCCUUCUCGAAUGACACAUCAAAAGUUUGCAGAAAGAUAUGGAUUCCUGCUCUCUGAGAACCAGUUAUCUCGGGAUCCAUUGAGUAAAUCAGUGGCUAUUUUACAACAGUUUAACGUCCUUCCUGAAAUGUAUCAAGUGGGUUAUACCAAAAUGUUUAUCCGUUCCGGGCAGGUUGGUGUAUUGGAAGAUAGGAGAAAACAAGUUUUGCAAGGAGUAGUUGGGGUUCAAAAGUUCUUCCGUGGUUGUCAGGCUCGUCAUUAUUUCCGUGAUCUCAAGAAAGGAGUAAUAACAUUGCAAUCAUUUGUUCGUGGUGAAAAUGCUAGAGUGAAAUAUACUACUUUGGCAAAGAGGUGCACGACUAUUGCUCCCCAAAUACCGGAUGAGCAGUUGACAGCAAUCAUAUUUUUGCAAUCUGUAAUCCGUGGUUCAUUGGUUCGGAAGCAUUACAUGCAUAAUUUAAAACAGUCAAAUCUUGUGAAUACAAAAUCUAAAAGGAGGCCUUGCUGGAAAAUUUCAGAAGUGAAGGGUAUGCCACGUGAGCAGGCCCAGCUUCUCCCUUCAGCUUUGGCAGAGCUUCAAAGGCGAGUUCUUGAGGCAGAAGCAACUCUGGGCCAAAAGGAAGAGGAAAAUGCUGCACUCCGUGAACAAUUACAACAGUAUGAAACAAGGUGGAUGGAGUACGACACAAAAAUGAAAUCUAUGGAGGAGAUGUGGCAAAAGCAGAUGUCAUCUUUGCAAACGAGUCUUGCUGCCGCCAGACAGAGCCUUGCCGCUGAUAUUGCUGUUGAUAUUGCCGCUGAUAUUGCUGCAGAUGGAGCAGGAAAAGAAACAUCUACAUCACCCGGCUUUUAUGAUUCUGAGGAUGCAACAUCCAUGGGAUCUCGAAGUCCUGGUGGAGCUACACCCGUCAACUAUUCCAAUGCCAAUGUCGAUGGAGCAGGAAGGGGGUCUAAUGGUGGUUUGACUGCUGUCAACAAUCUGGUAAAGGAAUUUGAGCAGCGGAAACAAUCUUUUGAUGAUGAUGCCAGAAAACUGGUUGAUGUUAAAGCAUCAGCGCCAUUUCCUCAUGGGAAUCCUGUUGCGGAUCUUCGAAAAUUGAAAGCAAGGUUUGAUGCAUGGAAGAAUGAUUACAAGGCAAGAUUAAGGGAGGCUAAGGUAAGGCUUCAUAAACUUGCGCUCUCAGAAGUUGAUAAAAAUCGACGCUCGUGGUGGGGAAGGCUAAGCUCAAAAAUUCAACAGUAGUAUUCUACUUCAUAUUAGUGUCAAUUUGUGGUAAGACGAAGGUGAAAAUUCAAGGAUUACAGGCGGAGAAACAAGUAUCUCCGAACUAUGCCUCUUUCUGCCCUCAGGCGCAGUUGCUUCAUUUUUACGGAAAGCUGCUUGGGGUGUUUAUAUGGUGUUAGGGAGAAACAAUAUCUGUAUAUCUACCAAUUUUUGCCAGUUUGGUGUAAUGACCAAUGAGCAUGUCCAUAGUACAACAGCAAUUCCUUAGAGAUCAGUCUAUUUUUCCCUCUGAAAUUAAUUUGUGUAAAUUAUGCUGCCUUUGAUGUAAUGUCAAGAAUUGUACUACCAAGCUUAAAGAAAAGUGUUAAUAUUUGUUAACAUUA